AUGGAGUGCCGUGUGUUGUCUGUUCAGAGUCAUGUGGUCAGGGGAUACGUCGGGAAUAAAUCGGCAACAUUUCCAUUGCAGGUGCUGGGGUUUGAAGUGGACUCCAUCAACUCUGUGCAAUUCUCCAAUCACACAGGUUACGCUCAUUGGAAAGGGCAAGUGCUGACGGCAGAUGAGCUGAAUGUUCUCUAUGAGGGUAUCAAGCUCAAUAACGUCAAUCAUUAUGACUAUGUCCUCACAGGGUACACCAGGGACACAUCUUUCCUAGAGACAGUGGUGGACAUUGUUCAGGAGCUGAAGAGGUUGAACCCAAAAUUGGUGUACGUGUGUGAUCCAGUGAUGGGAGACCAGGGAUCUAUGUAUGUCCCUGAGAAUAUACUGCCUGUUUACAGAGACAAAGUCGUAGCAGUGGCUGACAUCCUCACACCCAACCAGUUUGAGGCAGAGCUGCUGACGGGGAGGAAGAUCAGCACAGAAAAAGACGCUCUUGAGGUGAUGGACCUGCUCCACCAGAUGGGCCCUGAUAUGGUAGUCCUCACUAGCACAGACCUGAUCUCUCCUCACGGGGGCCAGUUCCUAGUGGCCCUUGGAAGCCAGAAGAUGGUGAGACCAGAUGGGACUACGUCCACCCAGAAGAUUCGGAUGGAAAUGCCCAAGGUGGAUGCAGUGUUUGUGGGAACAGGAGACCUGUUCGCUGCCAUGCUGCUGGCCUGGACCCACCACCACCCCAAAGACCUGAAGGCUGCCUGUGAGAAGACUGUCUCUGUCCUGCACCAUGUUAUCAAGAGGACCAUUACCUAUGCCAACAAGAUGGCCGGCCCUGGUAAGAGACCCAGCCCUGCUCAGUUGGAGCUGAGGAUGGUCCAGAGCAAAAAGGACAUUGAGUACCCGGCCAUCGUAGUGGAGGCCAUCGUCUUAUAACCCAAUGCCUCAUAAAUAGACAUAGGAUUUUUACACCAUGAAAUGUCAUUUGACUUUGCCUUAUAGGAUCUCGUAGAGAGCACUAUGUUUUCAGUCUGGGUAUUUGCCCUGCGCACCGCACACACUCUUAUACUUAAUCACUGCCAUGUGUCUUUACUAUGACCUGAGCAUUGUCACCCAUUGGAAACAUGGUAGAUGGUAUUAGAGGACCAAAAACAGGGUAUGGUUAUUACUGUACAUCAGAAUAGAGAAGUGGAGGUAUGGAUGCCUGAUUGGCCCUCAAUUUGGCAUUGGCAUGGCAUGGGCCCUGAGUUUCCCCUGACAACGUGAGCUGACCAGGGAAUUCUCUGAGCCUCAGUUAUGGGUUGGGGAUAGAUCAUAGGCUUUUAUCAGAUACAUUGAUGCAUCAACAUGAGUUGUGCUACCAUAAUCAUGCUAUGCAAUACUAAUCUGUGCACAUUUGAUCGUCGGAUUUUCAAUUGUCAAUGUUUCAUUUUAGGCAAAAAGUAUAUAAUUUGAUAGUUUGACAAUUCUAGAUGUUUUCAUACUUUUUAUUUUGUAAAUGAUUAAUAGAUGUUCAUUUUACUUGUACUACUAAUGUGCUUUGUCUGUCCUAAUACUUGUUAUACAAUUCCUAAAUGUCUAACACAUUUCAAACUGAGGUACCAAUAUUUGCACAGAUAGUCUUGAUAAACAUGUUAAUCAUUAAUUGUAAUCAUUGAAUUUUUUUCAUGGUCUUGAUUGUCUCACUAUUUUCAAAUCCUUACUAGAACACAGGCCUAUGUCGGUAUGAAAAAGUACAAAUUGGCCUUAGCAGAGUCUGUUAGAGGAAAUGUUGUGUGCCUGUGCCUGCUAAGGUAAUUAAAUAAAUCUUUACACAAUGUUAGAAAGAUAAGUGCCAAACUUGAAGCUGCAGCUCUGAGAUGGAGUGUAUAUAAUAAAUUAUGAAUAAUAAAAUAUUAGUAUUUUAAUUAA